AUCAACAGUACAGUCUUGUCUAGAAUACUGUUAACCCCACGUCAGAGAGGAUACUGUAGGACUGAGAUUGUCUAGAGAACAGUGAGAUGAGUGGUUGAGGGCAUAGGAACUGAGACUAAAAAACUGUGCUUACUCUAAAGAGAACACUAGAAAGUUUUAAAACAGUGGGAGCCAACCUUUUUGGUAGGCAUACCACAAAUGAGCUCUACGCUCUGCCCCCUCUCUCAUCCCCACAAAUACCACUCCAGGCCCAUUCCCUUACCCAAUCUGAUGCUCUGCUUUCUGCUCCGUGCCAUGCACUCCUAACCUGCUGCUAUGCUACCCUUCCCCUCUCUGAUCUGCCACGUGCCACACAAAGGCUCCACAUGCCACUUCUGGCAUGCAUGCUGCAGGUUGGCCACUUCUCAUUUAAAAGCUUGAAGUGUACAAAAUAGGAUACAGCAAGAAGCAAUUGGAUUGGCAACUUUAGCUCUUCCUGUCUCGUUACAAAUGUAUUUAAAUAAAUGAGUAAAUUCAAAAGAACUGAAGAAAAAAUGCAAUACUUCUCAGGAAAAGUCUGAUUAAAUAGAACUCUGCCACAGUUUUAAGGUUGCAUUAAAUUAUACAGCCAUUAUUUUUUUCAAAAUGCUGUAGUUCCAUUUGUUGAACUGAAAAAGGCACUUGGGGGCAGGUUACUUCUGCUUACCACUCUGAGGAAAAAAGACGUUUUGUUCAUAACCUUUUUGCAGUUCAGAGAUUUUAGAAGCAAGUAGGUGGGUGAUGUUACAACCACACAAAAAAGUCAUCAUGUAAAACUUGUCAGAUCUUUGCAUAGCAGAUUACUAAACCUUCCCCGCCCUCUUCCUCACUGCUCAACUCCCUCCCUUUUCUAAGUUUUCAGUCAAGAUAAGCUCAGACUUGCACCAUGGGCAAUCACAGAGGCAUUGUAGGAGGCUACCUGGAUUGCACUUCUCUACCACAGAGGAACUUCUAACCAUCUGUACCAUGACCAUAAAAUGAAGGCUUCUCCAGGCAUGCGGACAAGUAGGAUUUUACUGCACAUCUUUCUAAUGGUGCUUCUUCAGAGUAAUCAUCAGGUUCACGGAGAAACCUGUCCUGUUGAAGUUUUGAUUAAAAGGCAGUCCCGAUAUACAGGCAAAUCUGGGCAAGUUGCAACUAUAGAAUGUCCAGUAAAAUACUGCCAUGAAAAGCCAUCCAUGUCUUGGUGCAAAGUAGAAGGGAACGGAUGCUUACUUCUGCAAACCAGGGAAACCUACACAAAAUGGACUGGAAAUGGUGUAUUUGUUCUGACAUUUUCCUCAGUUCAUCAGAAUGACAGUGGACUUUACCGUUGUCAAGCAAUAUCAGGCAAUAUAAGCAGUAUAAGCCAUUCAGUAAAUGUUACCAUUUUAGAAGGAGAUACAAGUACCUCUGCAAAUCCAUCAACAAAUACCACCAGCAUCCAAGAAAAUCCCCAAGGAUAUAAAAAUGACAAUAUGAAGUGGAUUAUUUAUGGCACAUCAUCUCUGGGGGCAUUCUUUCUACUCAUCCUGAUAUGCCUAUGUUAUCUCAAAUGGCACAAAGUGAAAUCUAAGACAACUCCAGCAACUUCACAGGCAGAAAUAAACAUGGUCAACAGCUCUACAGAUGUCCAAUCCCACAUCAACAGGACUCCUGCAGCUCAAAAUGAAGGGGGUACAUUUGACUAUUGUAUCAUGAAAAGCCAACUGCAGCUGACAGAUGGAAGUGCAGUUUAUGACAAUGAUGUUCCUCACUGGAAUGGUCAUGGGGCAGGACCAAGGCCUGCCUGUGACAAAUCUGCUAUUCCUUCUAAACCACGCUUAACAGAGAGCCUAGAGUCCAUCGUUUAUGCUUCACUAAAUCAUUCUGCUGUUGCAGAAAAUUUUCUGCCAAGAGCGCUAGAUGUAAAUACUGAACUUACAGAAUAUGCUGCUAUUAAUGUGAAGAAAUAAGUUGGGUAGUGACAACUCCGUCCUUUAGCCAAUACCUUAAUGUUGUGCGCUCCACUAGGACUCCAAUUUCACCACAGGGACAUCUUUACUUUUUAUCUAGGGGAGUUUCUCUUUGUUUAGAAGAACAUAAUCAUUCUGAUGAUAUGUUCUGGAAUUCACACUUUAAAGGAGCUCACGUGGAUAGCUCUGUAUUAACAAGUGCAUAGGUUUUUCCCAUCAUCCUUGUGAAUGUAUUUGAAACUCUCAUGUUCUUGGAAAGUCUCUUUGUCUCUAUUCAAAUAUAGCCCAGAGCUAGGUGAACCCUUGGACAGAUCACAUUUUUUUUAAAAAGUAAGACUACUGAAUGCAUAGCAAUAUUGAUUUUUUUUUUCCAAAUUAUAAAAGGCCAAGUGAGCUAUACUAGUUCCAUCUCGGAGAAAUAAUGGAUUAUUUUUGUUCAUGGAGUUUUUGCAGAUUCACAUUUUGCUAGAACAAAUAUUUAAAGCUUAAAAGACUACAUGUCUUUAGAAGUUUUCUAUGAACCCCAGGAAUGUAUAAAACUGCUACUAACCAACAACAAGCUGUUUUUUGUUGUUUUGUUUUUUAAUGCUAGGCUAUUUUUCUUAACCACCAGCCAGUUUAGGAAAAGUUAUCUAGAUAACAUGAAGAAUGAUCAUGGAGUAAUCAGUGGUAAUGGAGAAGUAUGAACAUAAAGGAGGAUGGGGGAAGUGGUGGAAUGUACUUAAGCUCUUGAAUGAAUGAAUAUAAUAAAUGCAUACAUUAAAUGGAUGCAUUUACAGGUAAUGGAGAUGAUAUUGCAAGCUCUAUUACUGACACAUAGAUCCCUCCCUCCAGCACAAGGAAGCAGAGACUCACUUUUCUAUGGCUUUCCUAGAAGCGUGCUAUCCAUGUGCCAACAGAGGCAGAAUGCUGCUGUCCACAUUCUCAUACAUGAAAAGAGCCAUGAAUUCAUCCUCACAUCAGUUGAGGACCUAGUUAAGAAGCGCUUUCAUUUUUAUAAACCCUGCCAGAGGUAAGCAACUCAUGCCUACUUCUGACACCGUAUCACUUUCAACUUUACUCAGAGCCUCCUGUCAGAUUCCCUCAAAACUAUUUCUGCAAAAACAUUCAUGCUUUUUCAGUCUUGCCAUCUCGUUCAUCUCAGCACAUUCAUGAGUCUUUCAGAAUUUCAUCUGAAAGAGUCUUCCUUACCUGUGCCACUUAUUUUUUCUGCCCCCAUAACUUUCAUAUUGAACUGAACAAUUUAUGUUGAGUGAUUGAGAUACAUUUCGCAUGGAAGACAGACUUGGUCAGGACAAUUCAUUGUGCUGGGGAUGGGGGGUGAAAUAGGCAAAGAGGAAAAAGAGCUGUUUAUCAAUUUGUCUACUACAGUUAGUUCAUUUAUAAGAAUUAUUUUAUGUUGAUUCACUUUUCAUAAUGGUCAUGAGCAUUUUUUUGUAGACAAAUGGCUGUUCACAAACUGUUCUCAUAAAGCAGUCAUUACUCAUUAUUCUGGGGCUGUUUUUGGUUACCCAAGACGUGUUGUUGCCUCUGUCCUAAAAACGGACAAUGAAAACUUUGCAUCAGCAAACAAUAAAUGAUUAAGGAUAGCAGCUUUCAAUCAUGCAAGCUAACUUUGGAUCAUGUAAAAAUGUGUGUAACUGUAUAAAGAAAAUAAUAA